ACUUCAUACUUCUGUUUAGCCACAUUCCUGUGAAAUGAAUGCCCAAAUUGCCCUUCACUUCCCUACAUUUUGUAGUACAUUUCCCUACUUAUACCCCGGCAUGGUAAUCUUCUCUAGCUCAAGCAGGAGGCCAAUUUGGGUAAUGCACCAAAGGCUUCAUCAUCCACUUUAUGUGGAGAAAUGACAAUGGCGAAAGGUGCCUCAGUCUCAGCUGCCAUGGCGGAUCUUGAUCAGGAAGAUGCUGCACCUAACAUGUCUUCAAAGAAGGAGCUCCUUUCCACUGCCCUCAAGAGAACCAGCGAGUGGAUUUUCUCCCAGGAGAUCCCAAGCGAUGUUACCAUUCAUGUUGGAGGAGGUUCCUUUUCCUUGCAUAAGUUUCCGUUAGUCUCAAAGUGUGGAUACAUAAGAAAACUGGUGUCAGAGUCUAGUGAUGCUGAUCUUUCUGCCAUUGAACUCAAUGAAGUCCCGGGCGGAGCAGAAGCAUUCGAGCUUGCAGCUAAAUUCUGCUAUGGAAUAAAUUUUGAGAUAACAGUAGACAACAUUGCCAUCCUCCGAUGCGUGGCAGAGUAUCUAGAGAUGACCGAGGACUAUGCUGUCGGAAACUUGGUCGGAAGAACUGAAGCCUACGUGAACGAAGUGGCACUUAAGAGCCUGGCUGGGGCGGUUUCUGUUUUGCACAUGUCAGAAAACCUCCUUCCAACAGCAGAGAGAGUGAAACUGGUGAGCAGAUGCAUAGAUACCAUAGCAUACAUAGCCUGCAAAGAUAGCCAGUUUUGUAUGUCAAGCAGGGGUGAGAGCGUCCAUGAGGGUGCAAUUUCUUCUUCAGUGUCUCAUCCAAAGUCCAUUGUUGAUUGGUGGGCCGAGGAUUUGACUGUUUUUAGAAUUGAUAUCUUUCAACGAGUUCUUAUUGCAAUGAUGGCAAGAGGGUUUAAACAAUAUGCUCUUGGUCCAAUACUAAUGCUCUAUGCACAGAAAUCUCUACGAGGUUUGGAAAUAUUUGGAAAGGGAAGGAAGAAAAUUGAGCCAAGACAAGAGCACGAGAAGAGGGUUGUAUUGGAAACAAUAGUGAGCCUUUUGCCAAGGGAAAAGAACACAUUGUCUGUCAGCUUUCUCUCUAUGCUGCUUCGAGCUGCAAUAUAUCUUGAGACAACAGUUGCUUGCCGGCUUGAUUUGGAAAAGAGGAUGGGCACGCAGUUGGGGCAGGCUGUUUUGGAUGAUCUCUUGAUUCCUUCGUAUUCCUUCACUGGGGACACGUUGUUUGACGUGGACACAGUGCAGCGGAUCAUGAUGAAUUUCCUCGAAUUUGAAAUGGAAGGGAGCCGUUUGGGCUACAGUUCAGAUGAUGUGUAUGUUUCUCCUCCACCAAGUGAUAUGGAACGGGUUGGGAAGCUUAUGGAGAAUUAUCUUGCUGAAAUAGCCUCUGAUCGUAACUUAUCUGUUUCAAGGUUCAAUGCUCUUGCUGAACUUAUCCCAGAACAAUCAAGGGUAACAGAAGAUGGGAUGUACAGAGCCGUAGAUAUCUACCUAAAGGCUCAUCCUUCUUUAAGUGACAUGGAAAGAAAGAAAGUUUGCAGCCUGAUGGACUGUCAGAAACUAUCUCGGGAGGCUUGUGCACAUGCUGCUCAGAACGACCGGCUUCCUGUUCAAACUGUGGUUCAAGUGCUUUAUUACGAGCAACAACGCCUAAGAGAUGUCAUGAGUGGCAGCCUUAUGAGUGGAGAUUCUUCUGCUCUUUCUUCCAAAGUAAAUGUAUACUCCACUGAUACCCUUCCAAUUUCUGAUGAGCUCUCCAGCUUACGAAGAGAGAAUGAGGACCUUAAAAUAGAGCUAGUGAAAAUGAAAAUGAGGCUCAAAGAAAUUGAAAAAUCCCCACUUUUAUCAGCAGCAAGCAGUCCAAUGCGAAGCAGUACUAUGCCAUCUGCUGAUAAGCCUCCUCUGCCCAGAAGAUCAUUUAUGAGCUCUGUGUCCAAAAAACUUGGGCGGCUUUCUCCUUUUUCACGAGUUGAUAGUAUCACACCUGGCAUUAGCAGAGGUAAGACAAAACCCAGCAGGGAUCGUCGGCAUUCCAUAUCUUAAAAGACAUUAGUUUGUCUUUAAGCUCUUUUAGCAGUCUCUGAUGUUUAUAGUGUCAUUGUUGCUUUGUUCUUAAGGCUUGAGAAGAGGGCUAGCAGCUUCUGCCUGCUUUUUCCCCCUCAUUCUAUUUCAUUUCUGUAAAAUCGUUGUAAAUUAUAUGCCACUCGAUCUAUGUUUCCCUCAAGAAGUAUUAGUCUAUAAUACAAAGUAGAUGCAUAUAAAAAGUGAAGAGUGCUGAGUGUAACAUUACUCGAAUUGCUGUCUAACUGCCAUCUUUUCAGGUCCAGGGCUUCUUGCUAUAGAUUGGAAAUUGAUCAGCAGUUACUUUUGA